GCGUGGUCCCUGCUAGUGGACAGUGGAUCUAUGAUCCCCGGGAUUAGUCAAGGUACACGUAAGCUUGGCCGGAAUACCUAGUUAUAAAAAAAAAAAAAUCCUUCUAAAUAACUACCCUUUUCCUCUUUGUUCAAACACCCACAAAUAGCCCACAUUGACUCCUUCAUCUAUUUAUAUAUGCAUGAACAUAGAUGCACAAGGCUCUCCUGUUAUUGUAUCCCCAAACAAACCAAGUUCAGCUUCUUUAGCUGAAACCAAUGGAAUCAAGAAAAGUCAGAGAAGGUUUGCGCAACACUCAAUUAUCUAUCUUGUUAUAUCUCUUUAGCAGGAAGUUCCGGCAGCUAUGCUCGAGGAUCCGGUGGCUAAUCCGGAGGCGUCCGAGGCCUAGACUCGUCAUUCGGAGAUUCGGGAAGCUAAAUGUCAACGGCCGGUUGUGGGAAAACCCGAAAAAAAUCAGCUCCCCUCUCCGCGGCCAAGUGUGUGGUGCUGCUCUUCCAGAAAGGCCUAUUCGUAUCGCCACGUUUAAUGUGGCCAUGUUCUCUCUUGCACCAGCCGUACCCAAGGCCGAAAAGAUGGUUGUUCUCGUUCACGAAAAUGAGGAUGCAAAGUCCGGUGACCAUCGCCCCAAAGGCAUUCUAAAGCAGUCUCCGCUGCAUCCCAUGAUUCCCGAUGACUUAUCCAAGCAGACGAGCCUCCUCAAGUCGAAGCUAAAAGUCUCUAUCAAUCUUCCCGACAACGAAAUCUCUUUAGCGCAGAGCACUGUUUUUAGCCCUCAAUUCCAUGCGCCAAUGAGAUCUCCAGUGUGCUUUCCUGCAGGAAUGUUCAAUUAUAUGAACGAUGGAAGCGUAAUGAGAGGAAGUAGAACGAUUCUCGAUGUGCUUAGAGAGGUGGAUGCUGAUAUCUUGGCUUUGCAAGAUGUCAAGGCUGAGGAGGAGAAAAACAUGACCCCCUUAUCAGAAUUGGCUCGUGCGUUGGGGAUGAAUUAUGUUUUCGCUGAGAGCUGGGCGCCCGAGUAUGGGAACGCUAUCUUGUCCAAAUGGCCGAUUAAGCAAUGGAGAGUUCAGAAAAUCUUCGACGAUCAAGAUUUCAGGAAUGUGUUGAGAGCUACAAUAGAUGUGCCAUGGAUAGGGGAAGUUAACUUCCAUUGCACACAGCUUGAUCAUCUGGAUGAGAGAUGGAGGAUGAAGCAGAUGGAAGCAAUUAUCCAGUCAAAUGAUGGUCCUCAUAUUUUGGCAGGUGGUUUGAAUUCUCUCGAUGGUGCAGAUUACACAUCUGAGAGAUGGGCUGACAUUGUCAAGUACUAUGAGGAGAUAGGAAAGCCAACACCAAAGGUUGAGGUGAUGAAGUUUCUGAAGGGAAAAGGGUACAAAGACGCCAAGGACUAUGCUGGGGAAUGUGAGCCUGUGGUCAUCAUUGCCAAAGGCCAAAAUGUGCAGGGGACAUGUAAAUAUGGAACAAGAGUGGAUUACAUUUUGAAUUCGCCCGAUUUACGCUGCAAGUUUGUACCCGGAUCAUACUCGGUGGUUUCAUCUAAAGGCACUUCCGAUCACCACAUUGUUAAGGUUGAAAUCGCGAGAGAAGUGGAGAGAGAUCGAGGGCGCAUCAAACGAAGAAAACCCAGAGUGAAGGAAAAUGUUGCGAGGGUUACAAACUCUUGUUCUUCAAGAGGAAUAUGGAGAAUAGAAACUUGAUUUCCUCUCACAGAGUUUAAUAAUUUUCAUUUUCACUUUUGAUAGUUCUUGUUUUUCUUUUUCAAGGAGGGAUAGUGAAACAAGUUUAUUUAUUUGUAUUUACCAAAAAAAAAAGUUUGUGUAUUUGUA